AUGGAUGAAGAUGAGGAAAACUACUAUGGAAAACAUGGUGAACCGAGGAAAUUCGAUCCAAAGUUCAGAGGACCCAUUCACAACAGGCAUUGCACUGAUGUUGUUUGCUGUGUAAUCUUCAUAGCUGUCAUUCUGGCUUACAUCGCAUUAGGAAUAGUGGCUUGGGUACAUGGUGACCCCAGGAAAGUGGUUUAUCCAACGGACAGCUAUGGGCAGUUCUGUGGUCAAAAAGACACCCCCAAUGAGAACAAGACCCUUUUGUUUUACUUCAACAUUCUGAAAUGUGCCAGCCCAGCAGUGUUAAUAAACCUACAGUGCCCUACAACACAGCUCUGCGUCUCAAAGUGCCCAGAGAGGUUUGCAACCUACAUAGAUGUUCAGGCUUCCUACAGAUAUAAAGUAGAUCACUGGAAUUACUUUAAGCAGUUCUGCAAACCUGGUUUUAACAAUCCUCGCAAGUCUGUUGCUCAAGUCCUACGUGAUGAAGAUUGCCCUUCAAUGAUCAUUCCAAGCAGGCCUUUUCUUAAGAGAUGCUUUCCAGACUUCUCCACAAAGAAUGGUGUGCUAACUGUGGCAAAUCAGACUACCUUCAAGGAUGGAAGAGGAAAGACCAGAAACGUAACUGAUCUGAGGGAAGCUGCAAAUGGCAUCAAUACUGUCCUGGAUGCAAGAUCAGUUGGAAUGAAAAUUUUUGAAGAUUAUGCCAGUUCUUGGUAUUGGAUUUUAAUUGGGCUGUUCAUUGCAAUGGUUGUGAGUCUGCUCUUCCUUGUGCUAUUAAGGUUCACAGCUGGGGUACUUUUUUGGAUCUUCAUCUUUGGUGUGAUCGGAAUUAUAGGAUAUGGUACCUGGCAUUGUUAUUGGGAGUACAGUCAUCUGAAGGGAACACCUGGAUCUGACCUCACUGUUUACGAUAUUGGAUUCCAGACAGACUUCAGAGUGUACCUGCAGCUGAGGCAGACAUGGUUAGCAUUUCUGAUAAUACUAUGUGUUGUUGAGGUUAUAAUCAUAUUGAUGCUGAUAUUCCUGAGGAACCGUAUCCGGAUUGCUAUUGCACUGUUAAAGGAAGGCAGUAGGGCUAUUGGCUAUAUAAUGUCUACAUUGUUCUACCCAAUAGUCACCUUCUUACUCAUUGCAAUUUGUAUUUCCUACUGGGCCGUGACAGCUGUUUUUCUGGCUACAUCAGGAGAGCCUGUGUAUAAAGUAAUGGCUAAUCAAACACUGUGCAAGUAUGCAAACCUGAGUUGUGACCCAGAGACUUUUAACAAAACCAACGUGACCAAACUUUGUCCAGGUGCUCAGUGUACUUUUGCAUUUUAUGGAGGAGAAAGCCUGUACCAUAAAUAUAUCUUCAUCUUUCAGUUAGCCAAUGCCUUUGUCUUUCUCUGGCUGGUGAACUUUGCAAUUGCACUGGGUCAGUGUACCCUUGCUGGUGCCUUUGCCUCUUACUACUGGGCCUUUAGGAAACCUGCUGACAUUCCACUGUGGCCACUCUUCUCUUCAUUUGGACGAGCAAUACGGUACCAUACAGGUUCACUGGCAUUUGGAGCCUUAAUUCUUGCAAUCGUCCAGCUUAUUAGAGUAAUCUUGGAGUACUUGGAUCACAAACUGAAAGGUACACAAAACUCCUUCACUAGAUUUCUACUCUGCUGCCUCAAAUGCUGUUUCUGGUGUUUGGAAAAAUUCAUCAAAUUUAUAAACAGAAAUGCUUACAUCAUGAUUGCCAUAUAUGGUAAAAACUUCUGCACUUCAGCAAAAGAGGCAUUCUACCUGCUCAUGCGUAACGUGGUGAGAGUUGCAGUUCUGGACAAAGUUACAGACUUUCUUUUAUUCCUGGGAAAAAUUCUCGUUGCUGGUGGUGUAGGUGUGCUCGCCUUCUUCUUCUUCACGCAGAGAAUACCGCUGUUUGCCAAGGAAGCACCAACAUUGAACUACUACUGGGUGCCCUUGUUGACUGUCAUUAUUGGCUCCUACUUGGUUGCACACGGAUUCUUCAGCGUCUAUGCAAUGUGUGUCGAUACACUUUUCCUCUGCUUUUGUGAAGACCUGGAAAGAAAUGACGGAUCUACAGCAAAGCCGUACUUCAUGUCAGCUAGCCUUCACCGAAUCCUAGGAAAGAAGGAACUAAGUCUGAAGAAGGCAGUGGGAUAACGUACAGUAAACCUCGACAUCACCAGAGUGUCACUUUUAAGCAACACAUGUACAAAGUAGGCAAAAGUAAAAACUGUAAAUGAUG